AUGAAGUUUGGAAAGACUUUUGCGAGCCACCAGGUGCCGGAAUGGAGUCAUUCCUAUAUGAACUACAAGGCGUUAAAGAAGCUGAUCAAGGCCAUCAACAAGAGACAAGAGGAAUUGCUGCUUGAAACCCCGGAACUCGACACUAUCAACGACCAGGAAGUGAAAUCGUCUUUGGCUGCAUUCUUCUAUGCGCUUGAUCGCAAUAUUGAGCGGGUGGAUGACUUCUAUAAUAAGCAGUAUGCCGAAUACGACCGGCGUUUGAAGAAACUCUCGUCGAUAUUGGGAAUAAAGACAGGAGCAAUCGACGAUGAGGAUGCAGAGGAACUUGUCGGGGCACUGUUGGAACUGAGAAACUGUUUUCGGAACCUGAAGUGGUUUGGGGAGUUGAAUAAGAGGGGGUUUACCAAGAUUUUGAAGAAGCUGGAUAAGAAAACUGGCACUAACAGUCAGGAGACAUUCUUUGAGGCUCGGAUUUCCGCAUUGCCAUUUGCAAAUGAAUCGGAUAUUCUUAAAAGUUUGGCUUCAAUCAACGAAUUUUUGACUCAAUUGGGUCCAAAGGCUGAUCUUCAAGAUUUGAAAGAGGAGGUUCUUAGUUCUGCUUCCAGUGUCAAAAACGUUGAGGGCUCUACACACAGUCUGACACCUCCCGUGACUCAGAAGGGAUCUGGUUCGACCGAUAAAUACAUGCCAUUUUUACAGGUUGAUGAUGCUGCAGGCUUAAAUUCGGAACUUAUCAAGGAAUACAUGUCUCCGGUUCUUGCACCUUUGAAAUUACUGAUUUCCAUUCUCAAUAAGGCAGCACUGGUCCCUAGUUAUCGUUGUAUCGAUACACUGCUGGAUAUUGUGCCUGUUUUGUCUGAUUCGUCGGACAUUUCAGGCCGCAACUUCUUCCACCACCAUGUUGUUGCUUUAGGAAAACAGUACGUCAAGACUCAGGAGCUCAUGAACCAGCUUUCUAAGGAAAGUCAGUACACUAUUACUCCCGCAACACCUCCAGAUGCUAAUCUCAGACUGGUUGGCGCUUUUGGGCCGGAUGGAAUCAACUCAAACGACUCUUCCAAGGGGUUGCUUUACAUAUUUGAAAACCUUCCUCCUCAUCUCAAGUUUGCGAUUCUGCAAAAGGACAAUUACAAGCGCACACCGCUGCAUUAUGCUGCUCAAUAUGGUCUCAAGGAGGUUACCAGUAUCAUCCUCACCUAUUUGAAGAAAUGGAACCUUUGGAAUGAUGCCAUUUCAAUAGACGACACGAAGGUCUGGGGUGAUUCGGAGGUUCUGACUCCUCUUCAUCUUGCUGUUCUGGGAACUCAUCCGUUGACAACAGAAGUUCUUCUUACUUCCAUGGCUCCAAACGUGGGUUUGACUUGUCCAGAUCUGCUUCUCCUCUCAGCCAGAUUGAACUCUCCCGAAAUCCUUGGAUUGUUGCUUUCGCGCAAUGUUGAUAUUGACUUUGUGGAUCCCGAUACUCACGAAACAGCUCUUUACAUUGCUGCCAAACUCAAUAUAAAAAAUGCUCUUGAUUUUUUGCUCUCUGAAGGAGCAAACACCGAGAUUGGCGAGCUCUCUUUUGGCUGGACGCCUAUUUUUGUGGCAGCUGUUGAAGGUCUUGAGGCCAUUGUUCGCUCUUUGAAGGAUCACGGAGCUAAGUAUGACAACCAAGAUCAAAGUGGUUGGUCACCAAUGGAGCAUGCCUGUUUGCGUGGGCAUUUGGAAAUAGCGAAGCUGCUCACCCCUCCUGAUUAUGAUCCCUUGAAAGUGAUCCAAACCUCUUUGAACAACGGGAGCGGCAGCACAAUUGUUGGAAGUGACGCUUCGUCGGUUGUCUCUUCAGAGCCUACCACAGACGAUUUCAAACCCAAGGUUUAUUCCAAUCAGGGCCUUGCGAACAGCAUCGAGCAACUCUCGUUGAGCUCCAAUCAUUUGGCUGAAAAGUCGAUCUACAAGUCGAUUAAGCUGAAACGGGUUAAUUCCCCACCUCCAAGACCUGUGAAGUCGUUUGGCCAUAGAUAUCUCAAGCCUUCUGAAUCGCUGAUUCUUAUUACUCUUGGAACAACUGACUUGCGUGACCAAAGCCCGGCUAUUGAUCUCAAGAGAGUUCCUCUGUCGAAGGCCCACUCUACGGAGCUGGACACUGCUCUUUCGGUGGUUGUCUCGGCUAAGGGGCUUGACCAGCCGUCCGCAGUCUUAGAUCUUCCGUUGGAUGACAAUCACGGAUCGGCCACAGAUCCUAUCAGCUUCAAGUGUUCCGGUGAGGAUCCCCUUGACUCUGUCAUUUACUUUGACAUUGUGCCUACAUAUGCCUAUGGAGAACAGAGGUUGAUGGAGAGAAAUGGCACCAACACAAAGCAGAAAGUCCUAGGACGAGCUGUGGCAAUUGUUAGAUCAGCCUACACAUCUGUCGGUUUAAACCGCCGCUCUUUGUCCAGUAACGUGACUGUUCCCAUCCUCGAGUCCGAAACUUUAGAAGUCCUCGGAUCAAUCCGGUUUGAACUGAUGUUGGUAAAUCCCUUUGACCAUCCUAAAAUGACUAUUGGAAGGACGGAAACUUAUUGGAAGUCAUUGGUUAGUACCAGAGUUAUUGGCCACAGAGGGUACGGUAUGAACUCAAGAGACCGGAAAUCUCUACAGCUUGGUGAGAACACAGUGGAAUCAUUCAUUGCAGCUGCAUCUCUAGGAGCUUCUUAUGUCGAAUUUGAUGUCCAGCUAACCAAAGACGAUGUCCCGGUGGUAUAUCACGACUUUUUGGUUGCCGAGUCGGGUGUGGAUGUGCCAAUGCACGCUUUAACAGCAGAGCAAUUUCUUGGUCUCAACAAAGACGAGGACCAUAGCAUGUUGGCACAUGAGCGCAAAUCUGUUGAUGACGAAGUGCUCACGAGGAAUAGACCAAGAUCCAUGUCUUUGGUAGACGACGAUAUUGCCGAGUUCUCUGGCACAAAUCAGGACAGGAUGAAGCUCACCAAAACCUGGAAGCUCAAGAAAUACAAAGGAAACACCAGAGGUUCUUCGAUUGCAUCCUCUUUUGUAACUCUUGUGGAGCUUUUCAAGAAGCUUCCUAGAAGCGUGGGGUUCAACAUUGAGUGCAAGUAUCCGAUGCUAGAUGAGGCCGAACACGAAGACAUGGGCCAGGUUGCUGUUGAUAUGAACCAUUGGGUUGAUACGGUUCUGAAAGUUGUAUAUGACAAUGCUGACGGUCGCGAUAUCAUGUUUUCGUCUUUCCAUCCAGACAUCUGUGUUCUUCUUUCUCUCAAACAGCCAUCAAUUCCGAUUCUUUUCUUGACAGAAGCGGGAACACAGCCCAUGGCAGACGUAAGAGCUGCCUCUCUGCAGAAUGCAAUCCGAUUCGCCAAGAAAUGGAACCUUCUCGGAAUCGUGAGUGCUGCAGAGACCCUGGUGAUGUGUCCACGGCUGGCUUCUGUGGUUAAGGCUACAGGAUUGGUGUGUGUUACCUAUGGACAGCUCAACAAUGAUCCUGAAAAUGCAAAGCUGGAGAUGUUGGCUGGAGUGGAUGCGGUUAUUGUGGACAGUGUUCUUGCGGUCAGGAAGGAGCUUCGUGAUGGGGCAUAG